UCAAGUAGGUUUAGUCAGCAAACCAGAAUCAAAUAUCAACCACAUCAAGUGUAACAGCAGAUUACUGGUGAGUGCUGAACAUCAACUUUUUCCAAAAUGUUGCAUCUUAUUCUGGUUCUCUCUGGAGUUUGUACAGUGGGCAUGACCAUGCCUUUACCGGAUUACUACUCUUACUCCAUGGCUAUUGGAGAUGGCAGUGGGACUGAAUAUUCCACUGCAUAUGAUGGUCGCAUCACUGGUAUCAGAGUCUGGGAACACAGUAAUGCGUACAUUCGUGGAAUCCAGCUCCGUUAUGAUGGUAACUGGACAUCACCGGUUUGUUCAAGCAGUGGCAAUCCAAUGGAGUUGUCACUUCGUGACAAUGAAUCCAUCAUUCAGGCUUCUGGAAAAUAUUACAGUGGCUACAUCUAUGAGAUUAUGUUUGUAACUAGUCAAGGCCGCUCUUUAAAAGUGGGGCAGCCUACUGGAAACUCAUUUAAUUUGUACCCGACCAAUGGAGGAAGUGAGCUACGUUUUCUCAGUGGUCGACAGAAUGGAAAUGGCAUCACCUCCAUUGGGGCUCACUGGGCUGUCUACUUCACCGGUGGCAACAGUGUAACAGCUUAACCCCCUGGGGUCUGGGGGUGUUUUGGGGGCCUGGAGAAGUUUUGACAUGCCCUGACAUUUGUGCUUUUUUCAAUUGCUUAUAAAAAUAUAAAUGGCUAAAGUCUUAUAGCACUGUAAUCAGCACAAACUGGGCUACAAUAAUAUGUGAGCAGCAUGCACUGUAUGUACACGAUUGUGAUUUUGAUAAAACAAUGUUUAUUGUCGUGGUUAGUGAAAAACUAAAUUUUUUAAAUCACUUGAAUAAGGCCAUAAAACACAUAAAGAACAUUUGUUCACAAGACUUUUGAGAACUGGAUCUUGUAGCCUAGAGUUUUUGCUUUAAGAUCAGAUUAGUUCAGUUCACCCCCCUUUACCUUCUUUCUGCCAACAUUAAAGUAACAGCUACACAAACUUGUUUUAUCUGUUCUGAAUUUUUAUAGAAUAGCUUCUCAUGGUUAUUAAUUAUGGGUUUUUGGUUUGAUUAUUUUAGCCUAUUUUAUGUUUUAAACUUACAACAUUUUCUUCUGCAUGAACAUGUUCUGUAUGAUCAACAUUAUAUUAAUUAUCUAACUUUUUAUAAUUUUUCAACAACGACACUGUUUUGUAUGGGUUUACUUUCCUUAAAACUUAACAGUUUUGUCUUUUGUUAUCUGAAGAUCAUAUUAAAAGCUUGCCAACAUUUUA